CGCCUUGCUAGCUACGGUGCCACCUGCUACUGCAGUAGUUCUUGCAUCAUUCCUGACUACCUGUUUGUUCCAGGUAUUAAUGAAUAUUGUGAGAAUAUAGACAAACCCUUUGAAUUAAUACUUUAAUUGUACCUCGCAGCACAUGAAUCUUUAGUUACAAUGGCUGCUCCCACAAUCAAUAUGUGGUAACCAAGGCGCUUUGCUGUGUGCUACCAUUUUCCUGAAGUAAUUCAAGGGGUGUG